UUCAUCUUUUCUAUCUCUUCCUGAAGGACCCCCUCUUCUCCUCCCUCCUACAUUUGAGGCUAUCUUCUCCAAUAGCUUCCGUAACAAUCUUCUUCUCUCUCUCUCUUGAUUGCCACCAUCUUCUUCCCCCCUCUCUCUCUCUUAUUCUAGCUCUUUCUCUCUCUUGAUUGCCACCCUCUCUCUCUUAUUUUAGCCAAAGAUAUGAGAGAUUUGGUACUAAGCAUGGCCAGAGCCCCUAAUUGAUGAUAUCAAACACAAGUCUCUGAAGAAUUCCUGAGAAAUACCAAAGAAAAACAAACAAAUAAUUUCAGUUUUUGUGAUCCGAGGAUCUUCUUCACAGACUAGAAACCAUGGCAUCAUCAAGCUCAAACUCCCCUUGUGCUGCCUGCAAGUUCUUGCGGCGAAAGUGCAUAUCAGGCUGCAUCUUUGCUCCCUACUUCCCCCCCGAAGAGCCCCAAAAGUUUGCCAAUGUUCACAAAAUAUUCGGUGCAAGCAAUGUUGCGAAGCUCCUCAAUGAGCUUCUCCCUCAUCAGAGAGAAGAUGCAGUGAAUUCUCUUGCUUAUGAAGCUGAGGCUCGAAUGAAAGACCCUGUAUAUGGUUGUGUUGGUGCCAUAUCAGUUCUUCAACGCCAGGUCCACCGUUUACAAAAGGAACUGGAUGCAGCAAAUGCUGACCUUAUUCGAUUUGCUUGCGCUUCUCCUGAUAUGCACAAUCCCAUCCUCACACCUGACCAGCUGCUCAUCAGGAGAAUUGGGAAUAGUGGGUCACUCUCUCAUCCCUCUCUAUCUCAUCAAAAUUUAACUCCUCACUCUCUCUCUCAUCACCAGGGUUCUAGUGAUAGUUUCCCAAACAAUGGGUUCCCACCCACUUGGAGUAAUACCAGUCCAGGUGGGAACACUAGAAGAGGUGAGAACAGGAUGUGAGAUGGGGCAUGAAAAUAAACCCUAAUCCCAAUGUUUUCCUGUUUUCCUUUUGCGCCAUUGAAUCACAUGCUGUGUGUAAAUGUAGAAGUUAUAAACAGCUUUAUUUGUUUCUUGUGUGUGGUUGUACUUGUUACAACCUCUAAAAAAUAGGAAAGAAUAACUAAGAACAUAAUAAUGUUUAGUGUGUUCGUUGUGGUAAACUUACCACUUCAAGUAAAUGCAUCAGUACCAAGUUUGUUUGAGUUUUUUUCUAUAUUUUCUAUUGUUUUAAGUUCUCAAGUGUAAGAUGAUUAGUGCAUUUACCA